UCCUGGCAGGCUCCUCGAGGUUGUUGUGAGGAGUCUAGCCAGUUGGUGAGCUUUGUAAUCUAAACCAGCUGUCCCAGGCUGAGGCCCCCAUUUGCAUUGUUUAACAUACUUAGAAAAUGAAGUGUUCAUUUUUAACAUUCCUCCUCCAAUUGGUUUAAUGCUGAAUUACAGAAGAGAACUAAGCAAAACCAGGUGCUUUCUCUGUAUUCUCUCCAGUGUCUGAGGAGGUACAGACGGCUCCCGAUCUUCUCCAUUACUUGCCAUUUCAUUCUUUGGACUAUAAAUGACAGAGGAACUGAAGUGCUAGCAGAGGGUAAUGUUUGGAAAACUUUCUAGUUAUUCAUCAGCACAGACUCUGGGUUUUUUUCACCUUUCCCCAACGGCUUUGGACAUGCAAGGAUUAAGAAGGAUACUGACUGCUUUCACACUGGCUGUCUGCCUUUCAAGCCCUGGAAAAGCACAGCAGCAAUGCACUAAUGGGUUUGACCUGGACCGUGCCUCUGGGCAAUGCUUAGACAUUGAUGAGUGCCGGACCAUUCCCGAGGCCUGCAGGGGAGACAUGGUGUGUGUGAACCAGAACGGGGGCUACCUGUGCGUGCCCCGCACAAACCCCGUGUACCGCUCGCCCUACCUGAGCCCCUACUCCAACGUGUACCCACCACCCCCGGCCCCCGGCCCCGUCCCCAACUACCCCACGGCCACCCGGCCCCUCAUCUGCCGCUUCGGCUUCCAGCUGGAUGAAAACAACCAGUGUGCUGAUGUGGAUGAAUGUGCUUCAGAUUCUCACCAGUGUAAUCCCACCCAGAUCUGCAUAAAUACUGAAGGGGGCUAUACCUGUUCCUGCACUGAAGGCUACUGGCUGUUAGAAGGCCAGUGUUUAGACAUAGACGAAUGUCGCUAUGGGUACUGCCAGCAGCUGUGUGCCAACGUGCCCGGCUCCUACUCCUGCACCUGCAACCCCGGCUUCACCCUCAACGACGAUGGGAGAUCCUGCCAAGAUGUGAAUGAAUGCACAAGUGAAAACCCUUGCACUCAGACCUGUGUCAACACCUAUGGCUCUUUUCUCUGCCGCUGUGAACCUGGCUAUGAACUGGAAGCUGAUGGAGUUAACUGCAGUGACAUGGAUGAGUGCAGCUUCUCAGAGUUCCUCUGCCAGCACGAAUGUGUGAACGGGCCUGGUUCUUACUACUGUACCUGUCCUUCAGGAUAUAACUUGCUUGAUGACAGUAGAAGCUGCCAAGAUAUCAAUGAAUGUGAAAUCAGAAACUUCACCUGCACUUCACAGCAAACAUGUUUCAAUAUCCCAGGAGAAUAUAAAUGUUUAGAUCCAGUACGAUGUGAGGAGCCUUAUCUCCAGAUUAAUGAGAACCGCUGCAUGUGUCCAGCUGAAAACCCUGGGUGCCGAGAUCAGCCCUUCACCAUCCUGUACAGAGUGAUGGAUAUGGUGUCUGGGAGGUCUGUGCCUUCGGAUAUUUUUCAGAUGCAAGCAACAACUCGCUACCCUGGAGCCUAUUACAUCUUCCAAAUCAAGUCAGGGAACGAGGGCAGGGAAUUCUACAUGCGGCAAACAGGACCCAUCAGUGCCACCCUGGUGAUGACCCGGCCCGUGAAGGGGCCGCGCACGAUCGAGCUGGACUUGGAAAUGAUCACUGUAAACACCGUCAUCAACUUCAGAGGCAGCUCUGUCAUCCGGCUGAGGAUAUUUGUGUCACAGUACUCCUUCUAA